UUGAUGACGACGACAUGUUCGAGUAAAAUUUUCAAAACAAAACUUCAAAUAGUAUCUGUAAUGUAUAAUCCGCCUGCAAACAAAAUAAAAUUAUGGAACGUAAAUAGAAAUUAAAUAUUAAAAAAUAAAAGAAAGAAGAAGAAAAAAAGAGUUGAGGACGAGAGGAGGAAGGAGAAAAAGUAAUCAUGAAACAAAUGUUAGGUAUUAAAAACCAUAAAAAUGAGAAUUAUGAUAAUGAUGAUGCAACAAAUGAAGGAAUGUAAAUACUUAAUGAUAAAAGAGAAGAAGAAGGAAAGAAAGAAGGAAACAAAAAUACUUAACAAAUCUUUUGUAGAUCUACGAAAAUUAAUCAAAUAUGAAGAAUCAUUGGGAGUUGAUGUUCAUCAAAAGAAUUAUUUUGAUAAUCUUUAUCGCAAAACUACGGCCAGUUUUCGAGCUAAAAUAGAUGCAGAUGAAAAUAGUGGACUGGAUCAGAAGAGAGACAGAGAAGUUGCUGGAGAGAAUAAUUUGAAAAGAAAAGCUGUGGGAGUUGUGGAGAAACAAGGAGAACGGGAGCAGAAAGGAGGUAAAAGUGGCGGCGUCAGUGCUUUGCGUGAUCAAAAACAACAUCAACAACAAAAACAAAAUUUACCAAAACCACAGAAGCCAAAUUUCAAAGAAGACAACACUGCAGGUACCAAGAUGACGAUGACUGCAACUUCAUCGAAAAGAAGAAAUGCUCCAACAACAACAACGGCACAAAAGUCAACUGCAGGAACAAGUACAGCACGCUCAAGCCGUGCCACCGAGAAGUCAUCAAAUUCAAUGUGGAUCCGGCCACGUUCAAAAACUCCACACGCUGCCCACAACACCAGAAUGGACCCUGUACAAUUGUAUCAAUACUAUCAACACGAAUGGGACAAAUUCAAGACAAAUCUUCCCGGCGAGUGUAAUCGCUCUGAACUACGUUGGCAGAUUCGACACAAACUACUUGGAGAACCAUAAAACAAAAAUCUACUUAGUUCCAACAGAAAAACAAAACAUGAGAAAAAUAAACUUAACAAAACUAAAAAUCUAGAGUCAGAAAAAAAAGAAAGAUAACUCAAGCUGAUUUAAGACGAAAAGAAGAAGAAGGCGGACGAUGAAACUUUGCCAUCCAACUCAACUCUUUUUUUUAUUACGAUAGUAGCUAAUAGUUAAAUACCUAUGUUUAAAUGUAAUAAUAACAAAAACAAAACAACAAAUCUGAUAAAAAAUAAUUGUUUUGGAUUUGAAUAAAUGUGUAAAUGUUUCUUUA